AUGCUUAACGCUGAUAUUUUCCUCAAGAACUCUCCGUUCCAGAUAACCCAUGGACCUAGCCAGCAACUAGACAAUACAACACCAGAAUUGUUGAAGUUCUCUUUACAAGAACAGCAUAGAAAUAAAUUGCGUGAACUCAAGGAUAACCACCACGAUUUGCCUAACUUAAACUUGCUUCAUUCACAGUUUCUUCAAGAUUCAUUUAACAAUCACCUCCAAAAGACUUUGGAUGAUGGAAUAGUGCUGUUUGACGACCUGUUGUCAACAUCUGCAAAUACAACUUCAAAUUCAGGUAAUAAUGCCAACAAUAUGAUGGUAUCUCUGCCAGAUACUUCAAUCUCAUCUUCAUACCAGAAUACUACUAAUAAUGCUGCCAAUAAUGUCAACGGGAGCAGUACUUCAAACACCACACCAAAUUCAAUUUCGUCAGCAACUUUUGACAACGGAGUGAUAAAUAAGCCAAAUUACCUUAACCUUAAAGUAUUAAUUGAAAACUCGGUGUUCGACACUAAGAAUAUCAACAAGGAUUCUAUAUUAUCAUUAACAUCAUUGAAGCAAUUGAAAUUGAAAAUAUCUGAAAAUCAAGAAUUGAAAGAUUACUUGCAAUCCAAGUUUUCUGUCAGCCAACAGUUCAUGACUACCAUGAUCUUAAACCCAGAAAAGUAUCACGAUUUGGACAUUGAUAACAAAUUAUUACUAAAGAUCAUUAAGCUGAAUGACAGCUUACAAAAGCAAUUAUUCGAAGUAGUAGAAGAGUUGGAGAAGUUGAACACCAAGUUAAACAACCACAAUUUAGCAUGUUUAGUUUUGGGAUAUGUUGAAGAUAUUAAGAUUACAUCUAUAAGCAAUCAAAGAUAUCAAUAUAAUAAUAAUCGUACUGACGCCACUUCACCGAUGCCUUCUCCUUUGAAGGGUCAACAUCAUUCAUCCGCACUUGCUACACCCUCUAGCGAAAGAUUUUUAAUGAUGGUAGAUACGAAUAAAUCUUUCGAUACACUUUUCUCGCAUCUUGCAAGUAUAGCAGCCAAAAGAAAUAUAGCAUUACCAUCUCCACCUAUAGAAGAGUCUAUUGACGCCAGAGUUGAAUGGGCAACCAGAUGCAUUGACAGUAUAUUGAUUGAAGUGAUGCCGGAAGAUUACAAUAAUGCCAAUCAUAGUAUUAUGAAUCAAAGCAGUAGUACAAUUAUUAAUAGAAGCACUUCUAACCUUUCAACCCCAACUGCCGAUACAUCACAAUUCCUUAAUGAGUCUUCAAUUACCUCUUCACCAACCAAGGGAAGCGAUAAAUUGUUAAUGGAAUACAAAACUGCUUUGAAUGAUUUGCGGUUUAGUCAUCAAUACCUCAGUAAAGAGUAUGAAUAUUCGAAAGAAACUUCCUUUAAAGUUAUCCAAGAUUUCAGAAAGAAAAAUGCCCUUCUUGAAAAAGAGAAUAACAAAUUGAAACAAAGACAAAUGCAAAGAGAUGAAUUAGAUGACGAACAAUAUAACCAAAAUCCUAACAGUAGCCACUACAACAAUGACUCUAUAUUACACCAACAAGACUUAGCUUCAAAAGAAAGAGAAAUAAGCAGACUUCGUAAAGAAUUGAAUUCGUUAAAGAUUGAUAAUAUUGGUGUCAAACCUAAUUCUCUUGGAGGAUUUUCCCCUACUCAAAAUUUAAGUACUCAAUCUUUGGUCAUAGGCAAUGAUUUCAGUGACGAUAAUUCUGGAGAAAAUGAAGAAGUCAUUUCAAGACCUGUUUCAUCAUCUGGAAUGAGCAAUGGCAUACUAAGAAAGGAAUUCAAGAAAAUUGUUGGUAAUAUUCAAGAUCAAUAUGAAGUUGAAUUGGGGGAAGAAAGAAUGAGAAGAAGGAAAUUAGAAGAGCAACUUCAACAGUAUGAACACCAAUAA